CAGGAGCCUAGAAGCGCAGCGUUGUCUAGUUGACGCUGACGAAGUUUCCUUUGUUCCUAUAACCCCAUUGCAACAGCCAAAUACAUAGCUGACUUCCAAGGGUGUUUUCCUAAGAAAUUUCUUUUACUAUCGAGAAGCUCAUCUAGCCCAUCUUAUCAACAAUGUCUGAUCUCCGCGAACUUGCUCGUAGACUUAGCAAGAGUGUUGAGAUCUAUGCGGACGAGCUCGAUAAGGCAGGAUGUGAUGCAGAUUGUGGAAAGCUCAAUCUCCUAAGCUCCGAAGGGCUGGCAAUCAGGGGUGAAGUCAUCACGAUGGCUGAAAACCUUCUUCAACAGGCUCGGGGUCCUGCGCCUGCAGUACUCAACAUGUUAGAAUCGGCAGUCGAUGUCGGCACUAUUCAGACAUUGAUCCGACUUGAGGUUCCAGAUCAUGUCCCAUCUACCGGAUCCAUCACUUAUGACGACCUCGCCAGGAAGCUGGAAACACCCAUAGAGCCAAAUUUGCUCCAACGCCUGAUCCGCUUCUCAAGAUUGGAUGGGUUCCUCGACGAAGAUGACGCCGGCGCUGUGAAGCACACUCCCAUGUCUGCCAUCUUCGUCCUUGAUAAGGACAGUGCAGGCCAGGCUAAGUUCAUGGCGGACUUUGGCAUUCGACCAUGCUCAUUCAUAUACGAGUCCAUAAAGCUGGAUCCGACCGGUGAAUCGCCGCGCAAAGGGCCACUGGCCCUGAUGGCUAUGGAACCAGAGGCUCGUCAGGGUCCGACCUUCUUCGAGGUUUUGGAGAAAGACCAGCUGAAUCGAACUCGGUGGCACGAUGGAAUGGCAGUCCAUAAUGACACUAUGGUACGCCAUGUUGCUCAUGCCUAUGACUGGAAUACCUUGCAAUCAUUGGUCGACAUCGGAGGGUCGGAAGGUCAUGUCUCCACUUUUAUUGCAAAGGCCUUUAGCCACAUUCACAUCACCGUCCAAGAUCGCCCGGAGAUAAUCAGCCAGGCUCGCCAACGGGAACAGCACCCACAACUCACCUUUGAGGAGCACGACUUUUUCACGCCACAGCCCCGUAUCGCCGAUGCUUAUUUCCUUCGUCUCAUUCUUCACGACUGGAACGAUGCGGACUGUACUCGCAUCAUCACCCAGAUUUCCCCGGCCUUACGGCCUAAUGCCAAAUUGCUCAUAAUGGACGCCGUCCUCCCAGAGCCAAAUGAAGGAUCUCCUCAGAGUGAGAGGCAGCUACGCCGGAGUGACAUAGGAAUGUAUACGUUGUUUUCUGCCAAAGAGAGGAGUCUGGCCCAGAUGCGACAGCUGGUUGAGGGCUGCGACAGUCGGCUCCGAUUUGAGAAGGUAUACGCUCCACCUGGGAGCCAUGCUAGUAUGCUGAGUUGGGUUUGCGAGUAGCGGCUACGUUGUUUGAGUUGUAACUACAGUCGUAUAGUCGAGAAUUUACAGGAUUUUUUUGGACUCUUAGUUGUCCUUUG